GUAGCUUCGAGGAAGUGACGCUUUGAGGACCAGGGCAAAGGAAGUUUGCUUGGCGGUGCUGAACGAAACUUUUCCCCGGAGCGAUAGCAUAUACGAUCUGGAAUCCUGGAGAGUUGUACCGCUGGAGAGGUUGACCCAGCAGCCGAGGAAACCUUUGUUUCCCCCAGUAUAGCGAUAACUUGUACGGCUGUAGAUCGAAGUAGGAUCGCUAAGGAAUUCCAGACCCUCUCCUUUCCCCUACCACCCGAUUCCCUUUUCGUCCCGCGAUGGGGAAGGAGCAGGAACUCCUGGAGGCGGCGCGGACUGGAAAUCUUGCUGCCGUGGAAAAGCUUCUUUCAGGCAAACGACAAUCGACUGGAAGUGGUAGUGGAUCAUCUGGGACGGGUGGAGGUGGCAACAGCGGCGGUCACGGUGCCUCCUCUCACCCGCUUUCCAGCCUGCUCAGCAUCUGGAGGGGUCCCAAUGUGAAUUGUGUGGACAGCACAGGAUACACUCCUCUCCACCAUGCAGCCCUGAACGGUCACAGUGAAGUGGUAGAGGUGCUGCUACGUAACGAGGCCUUGACCAACAUCGCUGACAACAAGGGCUGCUAUCCCCUCCACCUGGCUGCCUGGAAGGGAGACCAGCGUAUUGUCAGGCUCCUCGUUCACCAAGGACCCUCACACCCCAAACUCAACGAACAGAGCUCUGUAGACCACAGAGAGUUCAAACGCUGUGGCCCCUUUGAUCCAUAUAUUAACGCCAAGAACAAUGACAACGAGACGCCGCUCCACUGUGCCGCCCAGUACGGCCACACCCAGGUGGUGUGCCUGCUGCUGGAGGAGCUGACGGACCCCACCAUGCGCAACAACAAGUUUGAGACGCCCCUGGACCUGGCCGCCCUGUACGGCCGGCUGGAGGUGGUCAAGCUGCUGCUCAGCGCCCACCCCAACCUGCUGAGCUGCAACACCAAGAAGCACACACCUCUGCACCUGGCCUCGCGCAACGGGCACCUGGCCGUGGUGGAGGUGCUGCUGGACGCCGGCAUGGACAUCAACUACGAGACGGAGAAGGGCAGUGCCCUUCAUGAAGCAGCUCUCUAUGGGAAGACAGACGUUGUCCAGAAACUCCUGAGGGCAGGUAUUAAUGUGAACGUGGUGGACUAUAAGGGCCUCACAGCGCUGGACACUGUCAGAGAGAUGCCCUCUCAGAACAGCCGACAGAUAGCUGCCCUCAUCCAAGGUCACCUGAGCGGAAAUCCUCCAGAUUUAGCCCUCCCUCCUCCUCCAGUCCCCCCACCUCAGGAGAGCCCCAGUCCAAGGAAAAAAGGUGAGAUGGAGCAGGUGAGUGAGCUGAUCUCAGGGCUGGCCCUGAGGCCGGAGGAGGAGAGCCCGUAUGAGGCCCUGUUUGAAGCCACGUCCUGCCACUCCCUGGACAGCCUAGCCAGUGGCAAGUCCUCUGACAGAGACUCUGGACGGCCAGACAGUGACGCUGGCAAGAAAGACCGUCUGGGCCACCCUACCCACCCUGCCCCAGGCCAUGAGGACGAGGCCCUGCACAUUAACAGCUGUAGUGAUGAGAGGCGGGGCCCGGAGGAGGAUCACACCUACGAGCUGCUGCUGUCUGCCCAGACCAAAGGACCCCCGCCCUCCCAGGACCCCCCAGCCCAGAAAGGUACAAGGACAGGACACAAUAAAAAGGAUAAAAAGAUCAUGUCUUCCAACAGCCUCCUACCUCAGCCACGGAAGCCCACCGCCCCCAUUGAGCUGCGUCCCCCAGGCCAGAUGGGAGAUACCCUGCACCCCCCCGGACCUGCACCUCUGGGGCCUGGGAGGACAGGCCAGAGAGCCCCUGGAGCUCAGAGCUGCGCCUCAGAGCUGCUCCUCAGAGCUGCGCCUCAGAGCUGCUCCUCAGAGCUGCCCCUCAGAGCUGCUCCUCAGAGCUGCUCCUCAGAGCUGCUCCUCAGAGCUGCCCCUCAGAGCUGCUCCUCAGAGCUGCGCCUCAGAGCUGCUCCUCAGAGCUGCCCCUCAGAGCUGCUCCUCAGAGCUGCCCCUCAGAGCUGCUCCUCAGAGCUGCUCCUCAGAGCUGCUCCUCAGAGCUGCUCCUCAGAGCUGCUCCUCAGAGCUGCCCCUCAGAGCUGCCCCUCAGAGCUGCUCCUCAGAGCUGCGCCUCAGAGCUGCGCCUCAGAGCUGCGCCUCAGAGCUGCGCCUCAGAGCUUCACCCCCCUGACAAACUAA